AUGAACUUAGCAAGAACUGGGCACCUUCGCUCCACUCCGCCGCACAGUCCUCUAAGCUCCGACCAGGAUGAGGUGGAGAUCGACGUGCUGGCAGAGGAGGAAGAUGGAGAUCAGACGGAAGAUGAUGAUGGUGAGGAGGAGGAGAGCCAUAAGUGCCUGGAGCGAUCACUGCAGAGGCCCGGAGACCGCACUCUUCCAGAGAGGAGCGCGGGGGACCGCGGCGACCUGAGCAACUCCUCCGGGUUCCUCCGCAAGUUCCGAGCGCCGCGGACCCCGGCGACCACCACAGCCGACGGCCCGCAGCCCUCCAAGCCCCCGUACUCCUACAUUGCUCUCAUCACCAUGGCCAUCCUGCAGAGCCCGCACAAGCGCCUGACGCUCAGCGGCAUCUGCGCCUUCAUCAGCGGCCGCUUCCCCUACUACCGCCGUAAGUUCCCGGCCUGGCAGAACAGCAUCCGCCACAACCUGUCGCUCAACGACUGCUUCGUCAAGAUCCCCCGCGAGCCAGGCCACCCGGGCAAGGGUAACUACUGGAGCCUGGACCCCGCCUCCCAGGACAUGUUCGACAACGGCAGCUUCCUCCGGCGCAGGAAGCGCUUCAAGCGCCACCACCCGCCCCCGGGAGGCCACCCGCACUGCCUCUUCCCUUCACCCGCCGUGCCCGCCACCCUGCAUGUCUCCCAGCCCAGCCUCCUGCUCCGCUACUCUGCCCCGCCGCAGCCUAACCUCGCAGCUCAUCCUGCCACUCCGCCUGGGAGCCGACCGUGCGCGCCGCUGCAUCCGCAUCCCCUCCGCUACCUGCUGCUCGCGGCCCCGGCCUAUGCGGACGCGCCUAGAAAAGCCGAAGGCACGGACCCCGUUAAUCCCGUCGCCAUCCCCGCGUUGCAGCCCGCACUGGGCUCCCAGCCUUGGGAGGGAGACCAGGGCUCUGGAUCCCAGUCCGGACGCGGGUGCUCCUCGUUCACCAUCGAGAGCAUCAUGCAGGGGGUUACAGGGGGAGGAACUGGGUCUGCGCAGAGUCAGCCCUUCUCUCCAUGGAGCUACUGCCACCUGCUGCAGCACCCACCGUACCUGCUGCACCCCCAGGCUGCUUCCCCUUUGUUUCACGUGUCUGCAGCUUCCCGGACAAUAUUGCAGCAGCAGCUGCCGCCGCCGCAGCAGCAGCAGGAACAGCAUCACUGUGCCAUUAGCUGCGCUCCGGGUAAAGGCAUGCGGCUAGGCCGGCACCUGUCCACCGUUGCAGCGCUGUUGAGGCAACAGCCUGCAGCUGGGGACUGUAGGCUGACAACCCUGGCCGCUCUUUCAGAAAGAGAGGGGACCUUGCCAGCAUUUUAA